UAACAGCCAGGCAUAGUUGCUAUAGUACCACCCAAUUUGUAGUUCCAUGGCCUCAUUACAUGAGAGGAUUCUUGUUACGCUGCUCUCUUUGUUAAUGUUAGUGGCCGCAACAACAACAUUGCUAGCAGCGGCGCAGACCCUAGUGCCGUCUCCUCAAGCCAAGCCAGGAUGCCGAGAGAAGUGCGGUGGUCUCACAAUCCCAUACCCGUUUGGCCUAGGCGAAGCUUGUUCCAUGCGACCCGAGUUCACCAUCACUUGCGAUGAAUCCACCACAGCACCCCAUCAGCAAACUUUACAAACAGUACCUUCACCUUUCCCAUCACCAUUACUAACUUUUCCCUUGUUGACGGUGAGUUACAAGUAAUGCAGGAGAUAGCCAGAAAUUGCUAUGACGAGGAGGGUUACAGUACAAACAGCAGCAGUUCACUCGAGCUGCCUCCUUCUUACACCAUCUCAACCAAAAACAACUUCUUUACCCUUGGCUGUAACGUUUUAGCAGUCUAUCUGCAGGGUGUGGAUGUGGGCUACCAAACCGGAGUAAAUGUGGCCUUAUGUACGGAUAUUCUUGGCAAGGAAUUGACCGAGUCUUGCAUCGGCGUUGGGUGCGCCCAAACUUCCAUCCCUAGUGGACUGCAAAACAUUUCAAUUGCAGUGGCUUCACUUAACGACGGCUAUAACGCGAGUGAUCCCUGGGUAUCAAACUACAAGUGCAGCUACGCUUUCAUCGUUGAAGAAGGCAACUUCACAUUCGCACCGAAAACAAGUUUUCAACAACUGAAUACAACAAUUCAGCAGCUUCCGGUGGCUGUUAAUUGGGCAAUCGGGGACGAGCCAUGUGAAGUAGCGAAGAACCUAACUGAUUAUUCGUGCAAAGAGAAUACAAUUUGUGUCGACCGGAGUACCAUCACUAAUGAGACGGCUGCAGGUUACAUUUGCCGGUGCUUGCCAGGCUACGAAGGGAACCCAUACCUCGGUUGUCGAGAUAUCGAUGAGUGCGCGACCUCAUCAAGCGACCCCUGCACGAAUGGAAAGUGCGUAAAUUCUCCAGGAAAUUACUCGUGUAAAUGUAAUAAAGGCUUCAGCAACCAAGAUCACAGGACUUGCAUCUCAUAUUCCUGGUCAAACAACACUUCCCUAAAAAUAUCAUUAGGUGUCAGUAUAAGCUUCUUGGUUUUAGUGGUCUUGAUUUCGUGGAUAUAUUGGGAAAUGAACAAAAGAAGGCUCAUCAAACUCAAAAAGAAGUACUUCAAAGAAAACGGUGGCUUAACAUUACAACAACAACUCGCUAGUCAUGGAGGAGCCGUGGAAACAGCAAAAAUCUUUACAGCGGAAGAACUUGAGAAGGCGACAAACAAUUACCAUGCAGAUGAGAUUCUUGGUGAAGGAGCCUAUGGAACAGUUUACAAAGGAACUCUACCUGAUAAGAAAGUUGUUGCCAUAAAAAAAUCAAAAAUUGGCGCCCCAACUCAAAGUGAGCAGUUCGUUAAUGAGGUUAUCGUUCUCUCUCAAAUCAACCACAGAAAUGUAGUAAAACUAUUGGGUUGUUGUUUCGAGACUGAAGUGCCUUUACUAGUUUAUGAGUAUAUUACCCAUGGCACUCUUUUUGAGCAUAUAUUCAAUAAGGGAAAAGGAUCACCGCUUUCAUUGGAAUUACGAUUGAAGAUAGCAUCAGAAACGGCAGGGGCACUAGCUUACUUACACUCCUCUACUUCCACACCAAUCAUACAUCGAGACGUGAAAGCAACAAAUAUACUAUUAGAUGACAAUUACACGGCCAAAGUGUCCGAUUUUGGAGCUUCGCGUUUCAUUCCUUUAGAUCAAACUGAACUAGCAACACUAGUGCAAGGGACGCUUGGCUACUUGGACCCUGAAUACUUUCAUUCUAAUCAACUGACUGAAAAGAGUGACGUCUACAGCUUUGGAGUUGUCCUAGCAGAGUUAUUAACGAGCAGAGUGGCACUUUCUUUCGCUAGACCUGACGCAGAGAGAUGCCUAGCAAGUUUCUUUGUUUCUUCAGUAGAGAAAGAUUGCUUGAUUGAAAUUCUUGACGCUGACAUAGUGAAUGAGGGGAACAUAGACACAGCAGAGCAAGUUGCUUAUCUCGCAAAAAGAUGUCUAGGGAUAAGAGGGGAGGAAAGGCCUUCAAUGAAAGAAGUGGCCAUGGAGUUGGAGGGAAUGCAAAAUACAGCGAAGCAUCCAUGGCGAAAUAAUGCAAAUUUAUGUCCCGAGGAGACUGAGUACUUGCUGGGCUCACCUAUAAAUUCAGAAGCUUACAUUGUGAAUGUUAAAGGUGAUGGCGAUGAAGGUUCUAGUGGUACAACAAGUGGGUAUGACAGCAUGCAAAUUCAAAUGUUAAUGUCAUAUGAUGAUGCGCGAUGAUUCAUUACACUGAGUUUUAGAUACUUUGUUUCAAUUUGGGUCCUCAUAAAAGAAACUAUAGUAGUUUUAUCAUUUUGUGUAAGUGCUUAAUUUUAGUCGUGUGUAGGUUGAAAAAUUAUGACUUGAGAUGAGUGAGUUUCUGUUCCAACCAAGUCAUGAUAGGUUGGUUUAAAAAUGUAGAGUACCAAGUCAUGAUAUGUAGAGUACAUCCCACAUUAGACAUUUGUGACUUUGUCUAAUAAUUUAUAAACAUUUGUG